AAACAAUCUAUCUUUACGUCUCACCCACUCGUCUUUGCACUGUGAAGCAGCGGCUACAGCCCCCGUCAGCCAUGGAUGUCGGGUGGCCCCAGCCCCCUUCGCGCAUCGCUGGCCGAAAUGGUGAACAUAUGUACAGGAUAGACGCCGUAGACAGCUCGCAGCAAUCGCCGCCGUCACAGCUUCAGGAUCUCGGGAGCCUUUUCUUCAUGGCCAGCCCUGCAUUUCAUUCCUCCCCUCAAUCACUCUCUCUCACCUCUCGUCAUUCGUUUCGUAGAGUGUCCCUUUCUCGCUCUCAUGCUUCAUCCCCCUCCAUAACACUCAAGAGUCGGAGUCGCUGCACAAUGCGCCACCAUGGCCUCGAAAACUAAGUUCUUUUCCUGGUCCAAGGGUCGUCAGUCUGCUUCAGAGCCGUACCAUCGCACUGGCGGCUUGUUGGCUAUCGAUACGGGCGUGGGUGAUACGGGCAAAGAAGCAUAUCUAGCGGUCGAUGCAAAGAACACUCCCAGGCCUGGCCGCCACCGCCCUCCCAACCUCACCAUCAUCCCGGACUACGGCAAUCACCACACUUGUCUGAGUCCAUCGUCUGCCCUCCAGAAUGCCGCCCUGUUCAACUCGGCAUCUAAUUUGUUGGCUGUUGUUAAUGACAUGCUGCGCUCGCCAGCCCUCAGUGCAACUGCAUGCCCCAGAUCGGCUGAGAUACAUAAGCCUCUUCCCAGCAGACCACGUUCCAUAUCUCUGCCAUCUACACCAGAAUUACCUGUGGAACUUCCUGGGUCCAUUCUUCUUGAAAAUCAGGGUUUCCCGUCUCCCCCCGUUGCGGGUGCCGCAACCCGCAGCACAAUGAGGUCGGUCCGCAGCGGGAAUUCCCUAAGCUCCAGUGCUGCCGGUCCCAAGACGCCAUCCAAAGCUCAUGCUGGGGUCCCACGCCAUAAGAAAAGCUUGAGUGAGACCAACAUACAAAGGCGCUCCAAGUCGAAACCCAACCUGCUGACGUCGCCCUCGUCCACCGACAGUAAACUUACUACAUGUUCAGUCUCAAGCAAUGGAGGGCAGACGAGUAGCAACGAUUCGACGAGAGCUCGUGUAGGAGAGGACGUACAGUUACAGCCAGCGCCACUUAUUAUUGAAGGAAAGCCGUGGACUAAAACCAGAGGAGAAGCGUCCAAUCACCGAGAUGAGCUUAGCACUCCAACACCCAUGAGUACCCACAGUAAGCAGGUCGAAGAGCUGAAGGCAACUAUCACUGCGCAGGACCAAACCAUAUCGACACUACAGGCCCAAUUCACCAGGCUACGGACAUCGCAAGAGGCCCAUAUCAAAACCCUGGUUGAUUCGCAUCGGGCUGAGGUUGCGUACCUGGAGCAGGGCAAUCGCCUCCAUCACGCUUCGAGCAAUCAUUUGUUACUAUUGCUUGACACCGCCGAGCCGCAGUCGCCGAACCGAGAGCAGAGCCCGCAGACCGCAACAGGCAGCAGUUCUGCAACCUCGACGCGCUCAUUCCAAUCCUUCCAAAGCGCUUUAGAGCUCCAAGGCCGGCCCCACAAUCCAAAGGACAACCCCGAGAUGGAGAAUCUCAAGCGAAAGCUUAGCUCCGCUAGGCGGCCUGAGACUGGCAAUCGCGAUACCAUUCGCGAGCUCAACCAGUACAAACAGAACAAUGCCGCUCUCCAAAAGCAAAUCGAGUCCUUGAUGACCAAGCUUAAUCAGUCCAAGAAGAGCGAGAGGAAUCUAACCCAGACGCUAGAGGAGAUUGAGAAGCAGUGUUCUGAAUGGCAAGAAAAGGCAAGAAAAGUCGAACAGCUUGAAAAGAAUUCUUUAGCUUUGCAGAAUACGAUUGACCAUUUGGAAAACCGAUUGGAGAUGGCUAAUUGUGACAAGCUUGACCUCCAGGAACAGUUAUUCAACGUUCAGUCGAAACGGGACCCCUUCGAUCCCACGCCAGCAAAACUGCAAGUUCAGACCACGCAAUCGAACAGUCGACAGAGUGCCCACAGCAUGAGUACGGUUUUCUCGUCUGGAGCGGCUGGUUCUCCCACGAGUCACAACGAAUCGCAAGAUCCUACAACGCUGUCUGCCUUCAUUUCUCACAUUGAGCGACUUCAAGAGCAGAUCAAGCAGAAAGAUUCUCGCAUCACCCAACUCGAACAAGAAAACGAGCGAGCACGACGUGAGCACAAGCAGCUUGAGCAUGAUCACCAUGAGCUUAACCUACAGUCAGAUAUCCAAAGCCAAUUGCUCAAGAAGACGAGAGACAACGACGCUCAUAUCGAGCAGCUUAGGACGGCGAUUAUUGAUCGUGAAGCGCUCAUUGGAGAGAGGGAGAAGUCACUCCGUAUGGCUGAGAGACAGUUAGAGCACCACAAACUGCUCCUACAUGCCGAGAUUCGGAAGCAUGCGACAAUGACACUUUUGGCCGGUGUUCAUGAUGGCUCGCUCCCUGAUCUCACGUCCCUCGCCUCUAAAGAGGACAUUGAUCGAUGGAUCGAGCGCCUCCAACACCGCUUAAAGAAAGGGAAAUGCGAUGGCACGUCAGGCAACCAAUCAAGCAGCCUUGAAGAGCAGUUGGUUGAUCUCAAGAAGGAGAAUGAUUUCUUUGUUCGCGAGAUUAUCUACUACAAGCUUGAUAUCAAAGGCUACAAGUCUGACAUCAAGAAACUCAAGCAUUAUGCGGCUAGAAUUGGUAACCAUGGAAGCAGAGCCGGUGACCUCGACUCUCCAAGUCCAUCGCUUUGUCAUUCUAGUGACACCCCCAUACGAGCGCGUUUUGCCGCUCGAACCCCUGGACUGGGGAUCUCUGCGUCCCCGUCUCCAAUCUCUACAGGUCCCGUUUCCGCGACAUACUCAAUAGGCCGGCCGUCAACACCACCCUCCACCCUAAUGACGCCAGAUCCAUCCCCUGCAAACCUCCCAAAGCCCAUGUUAGGACCCCACAAGCGUCUCCCCCGUGAAUUAGAACUCACAAAUCCUGUGACUCCUCACACCCCUCCCCGUAAAGCGGGUGUCAAUCCGGCCAAUGAAGCCGACAACAUUGAUCCUGGUAUUUCCCCUCGGUCCGUUACGAGGCUAUCGCCGGAGCGAAGAAAGCCAACGCCGCCAUCCCCUGAGCAAGAAAAGUUCGGCGAACUAGCAACAAGCUUCCCACUCAGUACGCCUGCUGCGCCAAAGAGACACGACACCCAACGAAGUAUGAGUGACUCAAUCAUUCAGCUUUAUGCCGGACCGAGGACGCCUGAUUGGUCUCCAGCGUCAAAUCAAGACCGUGCAUCUGGCGCAGAUAGCAAACAAGGGGCGGAAACCCGUGGACGAUCGGCUUCUGUACCGAAGGCAAAUAAGAAAAAGUCCAUACCGACACCAGACCGACCGCCGCGCCCACGAUACGGACUAUACGAGUCUCCGAAAGGCAGGGAACGCUCUGCUGAGCGCCUGCCAACACCACCGAGAAUGGAUGUGAUGGCGGAAGCAAUGAGGAAUUCUCCGGAUCGAGUCCAAUCUCAAGCACAGCCUUCCCUCAAACGAGUGCCGUCAAAUCGAUCUAGAUCGGGGAUCCCAGGUCCAGGUAGCAGCAAACUACCGCGUAUGGGCUCAUCUGGUUCUACUUCAGCAAUCCCACCGCCCUUGUCACUCCGACCUAGAGGAUGCUCAUCAGGUUCAAGCACUACAGUACAACCUCCAUCGCCUCAACGAAAAGGCAGCAAUGCGUCUGCGAGUAGCAUUCCCUUCGUAAUUGCAAUGGGCUCGCCUCAUAAUCCCGCUCUCAUCACUCCCGCUACCACGCUACCUCCAACGACCUGCUCGAUUACCGGAAAGAGCACACCCCCCACUGUACCCCAAGUACAAUCUCCAACUAGUAGAACAGGUGUAGGUGGCACAAUGGCGAGCUCGACCCCGCUAACUUCGCCUGUGUCACCUACAGAUAAGUCGAGGACGGGUUUCUUCGGUAGUGCUCUUCCUGUUGCUAAAGGGAGUUCUUCCAAGCCCAGCUCAACGACACAUUCUAAAAACCCUAGCGUGAACGACUUAAAAGUAGGCAAGAAUCAACACAACAGUGGAUCGCGGAUUGGUGGACAUUCUAGGAACACGAGUGGUAGUAGCCUAAUGUCUGCUAUUCAAUUGCCGAGUUCGCUGAUGAAAGGGAAGGGGAAGGCGAGGAAGGAUAGUAUCUCGUAUCCUACUCCGCUAGCGAGUCCAUUUGAUAUUGAUGGGACAAAUGAGGGUGGUGGUGGUGGUGGUAGUGGUGGAAGUGGGAGUGGGUAUGGGUUUGGGAUUGGUGAGGCUAUCUGAGAGGACUGAACGGCUUUCAAUUAUUCUUCAUGAGCUUAUAUUUCUUACUCACUUCACUAUUUCACAACAUAACGACAUCACGACUUAUGCAUUUCCUUUCUCAAUGGCGCGAUGCGGUACCUAGUGUAGAAGGUCAUAUGCAUCACCUGGGGUUUUGGGUACAGGGGCUCGGUGCCGGUAAGGUGGGAUACGGCUGGCUGCAUGGCAAUGGCAAUCGCAGGUGGGAGGAUCUGUCUGUGGUGUUUCACUCCGUCUAACUCAUUCAAAUAUCUCUAACUUUCAUUCUUUCAUAUCUCCGCUCACUAUCUUUCUCUGUCUUUCUGUCUUUCUAUAUUUCUGUCUUUCUCUGUCUUUCUCUGUCUUUCUGUCUUUACCCUCACUUUUUCAACCACGUUAUAUACUCCAGCCCUACAGCGUUACGGCAGGAGCUGCGUAUAAUUUGAUGACUUAGAAAGAUAGUACUAUACCUACGAUAAUGACG